GCAACGCCCCCCCCCAGCCCCCCGCCCGGCCCGGCCCCCCCCGCACGCCCCCCCCCCCCCGGCCCGGCCCCUCCGCAGCGGCCCCCCCACCCCCCCCCGCCCGGCCCCCCCCGGCCCGGCCCCCCCCCCGCACGCGCCCCCCCCCCCGGCCCCCCGCCACCCCCCCCGCCCGGCCCGGCCCCCCCGCAACCCCCCCCCCGCAGCCCCCCGGCCCGGCCCCCGCGCCCCCCCGCCCCCCGCCACCCCCCCGGCCCCCCCCCACCCCCCCGGCCCGGCCCGGCCCCCCCUCAGCCCCCCCCGGCCCGGCCCGGCCCCCCCAGCCCCCCCGGCCCGGCCCCCCGCCACUCCCCCCCCGCCCGGCCCCCCCCCCGCCCCCCCCCCCCCCCCCCCCCCCCCCCCCCCCCCCCCCCCCCCCCCCCCGCCCCCCCCCCCCCCCCCCCCCCCCCCCCCCCCCCCCCCCCCCCCCCGCCCGGCCCGGCCCCCCGCACCCCCCCGGCCCCCCCC